AUGGUUCUCUUCCACGCGGCUCUGAUGCUGUUCUUCAAGAGCAGAGGAUCCCGCAUUUUGGACUUCCCUCUGUGCUUCCUCACCAAGCCCGCUCAAUCAGCCAUCGCAGAAGUCCUCUCCACUAUUCUCGGAAACGGCUACCGGCCGUACGGCUUCAACAGCAGACCAACCUACCUGAACAAUGAUAGUGCCAAUACCAUCCACUCACACGUGUGGGCCUUAAACGCGGCAUAUAUUCAACAUGCGACGCCAUUCGUAUUGAACGUGCAGAACGAAGAACGUUACAUCAAAAUAUCGACACAAGUGAUCGGUGAAACAAUGUGGGCCGAGCUCGAAAGAGCCGUACAGCCGGUUAAGAUGGACUACUCCAAGUGCGAUGCUGCACUAGAUAGGCUCAAUGCCACUUUUGCCAGACUGGAUAAGAUGGAGGCGAGAAUUAAUGAGCUAUCCAACUUUUCGCUGCUUGACGAGAUCCACGCGGAGUACGCUGACAUGUCUGCGUGGGAGUUACCACCUACGGACAGGCACAGCUUUUACAGAGAUCAGAAUUCGAAAAGGCAAAGGAAUUCGCAUGGAUGUACACGAUUCGAAGUGGAUGAACACAACCCUUUCACAUUCGUCAACGGAUCCGAAGUCACGACUUUGGAUCAAUGGGUCUGCCGCCAGCAGGAAAUCAGUCAGCUUUUCCAGACCUUUGAACUGGGGACCAAACCGCCAAAACCAGCCUCCGUCACUUCAACACUGUCCUCCAACACUUUGUCCAUCACGGCCCAGGACAGCGGAAAGUCAAUCUCCUUCUCGGUGUCUAUCUCAUAUCCGUCUUCAGGGACUGCUCCCUACCCAGCCAUCAUCGCAUACGGCUAUCCGAGCAUCCCGGUUCCCGCUGGUGUGGCCACCAUCACCUUCAACAACGACGACAUUGCUGCUCAGCAGAGCACUGGAAGCCGAGGCCAAGGCAAAUUCUACACCUUGUACGGCAGCAGCCACAGUGCAGGUGCCAUGACGGCUUGGGCUUGGGGUGUCAGUCGCAUCAUUGACGCAUUAGAGGCCAACAGCGAUGCCAGGAUCGAUGCUACCAGAGUCGGCGUGACGGGGUGCUCUCGCAAUGGCAAAGGCGCUUUCGUUGCCGGCGCCUUAGAUGACCGUGUCGCUUUGACGAUCCCACAGGAGUCCGGUGCCGGCGGAGCAGCAUGCUGGCGCAUCUCCGACCAGCAAAAGGCGGCGGGUAAAAACAUCCAGACGGCAUCGCAGAUUGUCGGCGAGAACGUCUGGUUCUCCACGGCAUUCGAGCAAUACAGCAACCGCGUUCCUACGCUUCCCGAAGACCACCACAUGCUUGCCGCCCUGGUGGCACCGCGCGGCCUCCUUGCCAUCGAGAACGACAUCGACUGGCUCGGUCCGGUCAGCACCACGGGGUGCAUGAAGGUGGGCCGUCUCAUCUAUCGAGCUGCUGGUGCUCCCGACGCCAUGGGAUUCUCUCUUGUCGGCGGGCAUGACCACUGCUCUUUCCCGUCAUCGCAACAGCCGGAGCUCUCGGCGUUCAUCGACAAAUUUCUACUGAAAGGAUCCUCCAGCACGGCCGACAUCGAAAAAAGCAAUCAAAACGUAAACGUUGCGGAUUGGGUGGACUGGACAAUCCCUACAUUGUCUUGA